GUCCACUAAGUUAAAAAAACAAAAUUUAACAGUGAUCUAGUAGUGUUUUCAUGUGUCCGGAUAGAUAUCUUACAUUUCUGAUAGUGAUUUGUGCGAAAAUGUGCUAUUAUCUGGAAAACAAUAUUUCACCGUUAUUCAGGACCCAAAGCUCCACCCCUCAAAAAAAUAAACACUGCGCGUGAUGAUUCCACACAUUAUGAUGACGUACGUUUCGGAAGUCAUAGCAGCAGCUGAUCAAGUUGACAGUAGCAUUGGGCGUAGUUCAUACAGUAUAUAGAUCGUAUUUUAGACCAUUUUCUCGUUUACAAUUUUCGUCGAGGCUCACCAUGCCGAUGAGAUGUAUCAUUGCAGGGUGUAGUAACACGUAUAAAGACGGGGUAAGUUUUCACCGCUUCCCUAAAGAUGAGAGUAUCAAGAAGAUCUGGAUAAAAAAAGUGAGGCUAACUCGGGCAAAAUGGACGGGACCGUCACCCUCAAGCUCACUGUGCAGUGAGCACUUCACUGACUCGGACUACGAGGAUUCGGGGAGUCAUUAUUCACAGUUUGGCAUGAAAAAGAAAAAAAUGUUGAAAUCCACAGCAAUACCCAACGUAUCUCUAAAGCCGCCACUGAAACUCCAGCCACCACCGAGAGCUGUCUGGAUGAAGAGGGAGAGGAAGAGGGCGGUCGUCGAAGCACUUGCAGGCAUGCAACCCGACCAGGCUCCUCCACUUCAGUCCGAGACGGAACAUGAAUCGGAAUGUAGCAGCUGGAUUGAGCAACCUGACACUAGUGGGCAACAGUGUGCCGGUACCCAGACGUGGGUUCCUACCAGCUGUGCUGGUACCCAAACACAACCUGCCACAUUGUACACAAAGCGUAUCCAAGCGUCAGUACAGACACGUGAUGCUUGGACACAAUACAUUGCACCAGAUGUGACUGGGAGGAGCAGCAGGACAUUUUGUGACCUGUCAGAGGAGGAAGACGUACAGAUGGAAACUGAAGAGGCGAGGCAGGAGGAAGAAGACCUGAUGGACAAGGAAGAUGCGAGGAAGGAGGAGGAAGGCUCUACCUGUUCAGAAUUCAUGCCUGACAGUCAUUCCAGCUCUGAGUCUUCCGAUGGCCAAAGCACGCCUGAGAGACCCACACAAAGGCUUAAGAAACAAUGUGGAAGAGUUCCUUCAGUCGAAGUGAGGCACAAUAGCGUCAUUCCUCCCCACGAAGACAAUAAGUAUAUUGUGUUUGAGACAAAGCUCCUGGACCUCUUCAAGCUCUGCCGGGAUUGUGGGUCAGGCAAUGUCUACAUCAGGAAAAGAGUCAUGGGCACAUUACUUAUCAUAACUGUUGAGUGUUAUUCAUGCGACAAAUCAAGCAAGUGGGAGAGCCAGCCUUUCUACCAGAAUCGCCCAGCAGGAAAUUUGCUGUUGUCUGCUGCAACGCUGUUUGCUGGAGGAAGCUGGACGAUGAUGCGGCGCAUCCUUUCGCAGCUGAGACUUGCUUGCAUAGCUGACCAGACCUUCUAUACCAUACAGAGAGAAUCCCUGCAACCAGCUAUUCAGCGCAGAUGGUCGGAGCAACAACAGCAAGUUGUGGGACAGCUGCUGUCGACCGGUGUUCCGCUCGUCAUCGCCAGCGAUGGACGUGCCGACAGCCCAGGCCACUCUGCCAAAUUUGGGGUCUAUACGGGACUGGAGGCCACCCUCAACAAGAUUGUUGAUUUGGAGCUGGUGCAGAGCAAUGAGGUGAAGUCAUCCUUCCAUAUGGAGCUGGAGGGAUUUAAAAGACUAGAGGCUUUCCUCACACACCAAGGGCUACAGAUGGGCAAACUGAUUACCGAUCGUCAUCGCCAACUGGCCAAACAUGUCAGGGAAAACCUGCCUCAUGUCCUGCACACAUAUGAUGUGUGGCAUAUAGCAAAAGCUGUACAAAAGAAGGUCCAUGCCCUCGCCACACAGAAGAACUGUGAUGAUCUCCUUGGUUGGGAGAAGAGCAUCGGCAACCAUGUGUACUGGGUUGCAUCUUCAACUCAGGACCAAGAAGAGGAGCUGCGUGGUGCCAAAUGGAACUCCUUGGGGAACCAUAUACUGGGGAUCCACUCUGGCCAUUCAGACCUAUUCCCUACCUGUCUGCAUGGAGACCUUCAAGAUGAAAGAGACAAGAAUUGGCUCAAGCCAGGCACAAAAGUGGCCGAAAAGUUGGAUGACAUCAUCAGUAACACCACCCUGGUCAAGGACAUCAAGAAAAUGUCAUCAGGUCACCAGACAUCAUCGCUUGAGUCCUUCCACAGCGUGAUCAAUCAAUUCGCGCCAAAAAUGAAAUCUUACACCUACCAUGGCAUCCUCAGCAGGUUUCAAUUGGCCGCACUGCACUAUAACACCAACAGUGGCCGAGAGCAAGCCAGGACAAGGAAAGGGGACCUUCGCUUCAGCAUCCGCAAACCCAAGUACAGGCCGGGGAGUGCUUCAGCUAAGCCAAUAAAAGAAUCAUGCAACUACUGUAAGUCAAAGGUGUAAAAUAUCACCUCUUUUGUGUGUGUGUGUGUGUGUG